AUGUUUAAAGAUCUUAAAUUAAAUCGUGAUAUGAAUGAAGAAUUUCGAACUGUAUGUCCAUCAUCACGUAAUAAUAAUACAAUGAUGGGUAAAUAUACAUAAUACUUUUUUUUUGUUGUUGUUUUGAAAUCUAUAGAGCAAAUGUCCCUAAUAUCGACAGCAAAAAAUUCACUUAUCUUGUUUCAGUCUGUGCACCACUAUUUUAUAUAUGAGGUAAAAUAUUUUUAUAUAUGCAUAAUCCUUGGAUUCUGCUCUUUCAAAUGAUAUAUAAAUUAACUUUUUUCUUCAACGUUUUCACCGAGAAAUCAGCGGUCUACGAUGAUGGACUGCAUCUGUCGAUAUUAGGAGCACUUUCCCUAAUAUCGACAGCAAGCCAUUUUUUGUCCCUAAUAUCGACACUUACGCAAAAUACAAGCGAAAUCGAAUCUUUUGAGAACAAACAAGUUUUUAACGACUUUUGGUCGGAAAACGAUCAAAGAUCGCCUUGGCAAUCUUGUAGAGCAUCUCAAGAUCUAUCAUAAUCCAAAGGUUCACGCAAAGCCGAUUUGCUGCUGAUGAAUACAAUAACUCGAGAGGAAGACGACUAAAAUCGAUAAAAAAAAAAUGUCCCUAAUAUCGACACCAAGCCAUUUUUUGUCCCUAAUAUCGACACCAAGCAAUAUUUUGCCCCUAAUAUCGACAGCAAGCCAUUUUUGCCCCUAAUAUCGACAGCAAGCCAUUUUUUGUCCCUAAUAUCGACACCAAGCAAUAUUUUGCCCCUUAUAUCGACAUCAAGCAAUAUUUUGUCCCUAAUAUCGACACCAAGCCAUUUUUUGUCCCUAAUAUCGACACCAAGCAAUUUUUUGUCCCUAAUAUCGACACCAAGCCAUUUUUGUCCCUUAUAUCGACACCAAGCAAUAUUUGGUCCCUAAUAUCGACAGCAAGCCAUUUUUUGCCCCUAAUAUCGACACCAAGCAAU